AUGUCAACUACCAACAAAGUAGAAGAGCUACUAAAACAAAUCGAUGGGAAACUUCGUAUGCUAAAAUUUACACAAGAAGAUACACCAAGAGUACUGAAAGAUCAUAAGGUAAAAGCAAUGGAACGUUAUACAAGGGUUUUCGAAGAAUUAAUCGAACAGACGCAUAAGCUUAAAAUCGAAGUUCAACAAAUCAGAAUUGAGAAGGGAGAUACAGCAGAGGAAGUGAGAGAAUGGAGUCUUGAUAUCGAGAGCAAAGUUUCAGGUUUCGAAGAGGUAGUCGACGAGAUAAAAGAGACUAUUACGAGAGAACAUACUAAAGUCAAAAACGAGGAAGAGGAAAUCGAAAAGGAAAAACGAAG